AUGGCCCGCAGCUUUUCCAGCUUCUUGCGAAAACGGAUGUGCCUGCUGUAACAGGCCUAUGUCUGAAAACCCAGACAAACGGUCACAUUUUAACAGAAAGUCAGCUUCACUCGAGUACGUCGGCUAAGACAACACAGCAGCAGUAGGGCAAGAUGGAGUGUGAGUGGAAGCCAGACGAGCAAGGACUUCAACAAAUUUUACAGCUGCUGAAAGAGUCUCAGUCGCCAGAUACGUCCACACAGAGAUCCGUCCAGCAAAGACUUGAGCAGCUGAACCAAUAUCCAGACUUUAACAACUAUUUAAUAUUUGUUUUGACAAAGUUAAAAUCAGAAGAUGAACCAACGCGGUCCCUGAGUGGGCUGAUACUGAAAAACAAUGUGAAAGCCCACUAUCAGAACUUCCCUAAUGGCGUGUCUGAUUUCAUCAAGAAUGAGUGCCUCGAAAACAUCGGAGACUCCUCUCCCCUCAUCCGGGCCACCGUGGGUAUCCUCAUCACCACCAUCGCGUCCAAGGGAGAGCUACAAAACUGGCCGGAGCUUUUACCUAAACUCUGCCUGCUGUUGGAUUCUGAGGACUACAACACAUGCGAGGGAGCGUUUGGAGCCCUGCAGAAGAUCUGCGAGGACUCUGCUGAGAUCCUGGACAGUGACAUGCUGGAUCGUCCUCUCAACAUCAUGAUCCCCAAGUUCUUGCAGUUUUUUAAGCACAGCAGUCCUAAGAUUAGGUCUCAUGCCAUUGCCUGUGUUAAUCAGUUCAUCAUCAGCAGGACUCAGGCUCUCAUGCUGCACAUCGACCCUUUCAUUGAGAACCUUUUUGCACUGGCAACAGAUGAGGAACCAGAGGUGAGGAAGAAUGUGUGCAGAGCUCUAGUCAUGCUGCUGGAAGUUCGCCUGGACCGCCUCCUGCCACACAUGCUGAACAUCAUAGAGUACAUGCUCCUGAGGACUCAGGACCAAGAUGAAAAUGUUGCCCUGGAAGCCUGUGAGUUCUGGCUUACUCUGGCAGAGCAGCCUGUGUGUAAGGAAGUGCUGUGCGGACACCUCUCCCAGCUCACUCCUGUGCUUGUCAACGGGAUGAAGUACUCUGAGAUUGACAUAAUUCUGCUCAAGGGGGACACCGAGGAAGACGAGGCUAUUCCGGACAACGAGCAAGACAUCAGGCCGCGCUUCCAUCGAUCCCGGACAGUCGCCCAGCAGCAUGAGGAGGAUGGGAUCGAUGAAGACGAAGAUGAGGACGAUGAACUGGAUGACGAUGAUGAUACUAUCUCUGAUUGGAACCUGCGUAAGUGUUCAGCCGCAGCGUUGGACGUGUUGGCCAACGUGUUCAGGGAUGAUCUGUUGCAGCCCAUUCUGCCUCUACUCAAAGAGCUGCUCUUCCAUCCAGAGUGGGUCGUUAAAGAAUCUGGCAUCCUAGUGCUGGGGGCUAUAGCUGAAGGCUGUAUGCAGGGCAUGAUCACAUACCUGCCGGAGCUCAUUCCCCAUCUCGUCCAGUGUUUGUCUGACAAGAAGGCCCUGGUGCGCUCCAUCACCUGCUGGACACUGAGCCGCUAUGCCCACUGGGUGGUCAGCCAGCCCCCAGAUACUUACCUGAAGCCUCUAAUGACGGAGCUGCUCAAACGUAUUCUGGAUAGCAACAAGCGUGUGCAGGAGGCAGCUUGCAGUGCAUUUGCCACUCUGGAGGAGGAGGCGUGUACAGAGCUGGUUCCAUACCUGGCGUUCAUCCUAGACACUCUGGUGUUCGCUUUCAGCAAGUACCAGCACAAAAAUCUGCUCAUUCUCUACGACGCCAUAGGAACACUUGCAGACUCAGUGGGGCAUCAUCUCAAUAAACCGGAAUACAUCCAGAUGUUGAUGCCUCCACUGAUCCAGAAAUGGAACCAGCUGAAAGAUGAAGACAAAGAUCUCUUCCCUUUAUUAGAAUGUCUGUCGUCUGUAGCCACUGCCCUGCAGAGUGGCUUCCUGCCCUACUGUGAGCCAGUGUACCAACGCUGUGUUAACCUGGUGCAGAAGACCCUUGCUCAGGCCAUGCUUUAUCAGUCACAGCCAGACCAGUAUGAAGCACCUGACAAAGACUUCAUGAUCGUGGCGUUGGAUCUUCUCAGCGGACUGGCUGAGGGAUUGGGAGGCACCAUUGAGGAGCUGGUUGCUCGCAGCAACAUCCUCACCCUUAUGUACCAGUGCAUGCAGGACAAAAUGCCAGAAGUGCGUCAGAGUUCUUUUGCUCUGCUGGGGGAUUUAACCAAGGCUUGUUUCCAACACGUCAAACCGUGCAUCGCUGAUUUUAUGCCCAUACUGGGUACUAAUUUAAACCCAGAAUUGAUAUCAGUGUGCAACAAUGCAACAUGGGCAAUUGGAGAGAUAUCGAUACAAAUGGGGUCUGAAAUGCAGCCGUACAGUGCCAUGGUGCUGCUCCAGCUGGUGGAGAUCAUUAACAGGCCCAAUACCCCAAAGACUCUACUGGAGAACACAGCAAUAACAAUUGGUCGUCUUGGUUACGUUUGUCCUCAAGAGGUGGCACCCAUGCUACAGCAGUUUAUAAGACCCUGGUGCACGUCUCUACGAAAUAUAAGAGACAAUGAGGAGAAAGACUCUGCGUUCAGAGGAAUUUGCACUAUGAUCAGUGUAAAUCCGGGAGGUGUAGUGCAGGAUUUUAUAUUCUUCUGUGACGCAGUGGCCUCCUGGGUGAAUCCAAAGGAUGAUCUCAGAGACAUGUUCUACAAGAUCCUUCACGGGUUUAAGAACCAGGUGGGAGAGGACAACUGGAGGCGCUUCUCAGAUCAGUUCCCCAUGCCACUGAAGGAACGGCUGGCAACCUUUUACGGGGUGUAACUGUUUCCACAGCAGUAUGCCUCAUCACUGGGGUCAUUCACUAUGGGAGACAAUAUAGGGAACCUCUUUUACCCAGGGAACAUGUUACCCUUUACUGGGGGGAAGGGUCUGCCUGCUGAGGGGAGGGAAGGGGAGCGGACCCCUCCCCGAACUGAAGGACGGGGUGGGAGGGAGGUGGUAGCUGCAGUGCUCAGUGCCCCCAUGCACAGGCACGGGGGGAAAGGGACUGCCAAAACAACCUUAUCAUGGGAGGAAAAUUCAUGUUCUCACAUCUCAAUCAGAAAUAAUGAAAUCUAUCACUCUCCAUUUAUUCCCCAAACAUCUUUUUGUUUCUGUUUAUCUGAACUACUGAAAAGAAAUGUAAGCAAAAACAGAAGAAUCUGCAAAACUCUGUAAAGCAUUUGCUCUUUACUUUUGAUUAGAUGAGGAGUUUGCACAUUGAAAGGGGCAGAAAGUGUUUUUCAGAGCAGAUGCACAGUUGUCAUUAUCAUGUCAGCCAGGUACAUGGGCUUUUCUCAACACAACUGAAUUCUACCAGUAGAGUAGAAAACUGUUCUUUAAAAAAAAAAAAAAAAAAAAUAUGGAGUGAAGUUCAUCCAGAGGGUUUUCUUUCUCUAACUACAAGGAUA